AGAGAGGAAACUGCAUGCGAGAAAGCAGCAGCACACACACAUACACACACCCGGAGCAUUAACCAUGCUCACGAGAAUCUGAAAGAAAGACAGAGAAGUGAAGGAAGAAGGCAGAGGGAGGGGGGAAAGGCAGGUUUAAUGAAUUCAGGCGAGAGGGGAGGGAUGGCGCGUCUGCUGAGGAUCCAGUGGCCGCUGCUGCCGCUGCAUGUAGCUGAGCGUUUGCAGUGAGGGACGUCUCUGUGGCUCGCUGGGAACCAGACACCAGUCCUGCACAGCCACGACUCCACGUCUGUGAGCCACGGGCUGGAGGUCUGCCUGAGCCGGCGGGGCAGAGAGACCGGGGAUGGUGGACGGUCUGGGCUGGGAUCAGCAGAGCCCACAGGUCGGCCCGGCUGGGAACCGUUUAUCCUCUGAGCGAUGAGGAGUAAUUACACACCGAUGAAUCUGUGGACCUGCGCCUAACUGGACUUUAUUGUCCCAGCUGCAGUGAUACAAGGAACCUGAAGCCAACAUAUUUUUUAUUUUUUAUUUAUUUUUUUACAUUUUGGUAAUCGAUCCAACCUAAAAGGAGCGGACCUUCAGCUUCAACCCCCAUCUGUCUUUUUGACCUCCUGUGAACUGUAAAACGGCAGGGAUGAUAUCAGAGAACUUCUCAUUUGUCUUUUUACCCAACUCGAUACAAGGAUAACCAUCACCCCUCCACCCUCAGACCCAUAAAGAGCUGCUGUGAGGAAGCAUGGGAGAAAUGAACUGGGAGUGUCUGAGCCCGGCAGAGUUCAGCCAGCUGCAGCAGUACACCGAGUACUCCACAAAGAACCUGAAGGAUGUUCUGGAGGAGUUCCGCGAAGGAGGAGUUCUUUCCAAAUACAAUCCAGCACAGAUGCAAGAUGUUCUGAACCAACCCAUUGACUAUGAGGGCUUCCAGCUCUUCAUGGCCACCUACCUGGAGAACACCAUUCCAGAGGAGCUGUGUCAGCAUCUGUUCACCUCCUUCAAGAGCAAGACGGGGCGCUGCUCUCCGGACCACCCUCAGCCGGGAACCAGCUUAAAGGGGAUGAACGGGAAGAGCAUCUUGACUGCGAUGGGCCUACACACUUCGGAGAACUCCACUACAAGGAGUGCAGCGGGCUCCGGAGCCUCUACGUCCUCCUCACAGCGCUCAGGUACAGCGGCCAACGCACCAGGGGGGCCCUAUCGAUCACCAGGCGCUCAGGUCAAACCUUCAGCCUCCACCAGCAACGCCCUGACCCCCAGCGCUGGUUCCUCCAAAAGUGCUGGAACCCCAAAACUUCAGUCAGAGAAGAGCAACUCUGAGAAGCUGAAGAGCCCGCUGUCUCAGGAAGGCUCCACGCAGACGUCCCCUCAGGUGGUCUUUCUCAAGGACAUCGUCUGCUACCUUUCGCUGCUGGAAAGGGGGACGCCGGAGGACAAGCUGGAGUUCAUGUUCCGACUGUACGACACAGACGGCAACGGGCUCCUGGACAGCUCAGAGCUGGAUCACAUCAUCAAUCAGAUGGUCCACGUGGCCGAGUAUCUGGAGUGGGACUCAACAGAGCUGCGGCCGAUACUAAAGGAGAUGAUGAAGGAGAUCGACCUUAACCGGGACGGCACCGUCACACUGGAGGAGUGGAUUAGAGGAGGCCUCACCACCAUCCCUUUACUUGUCCUGCUGGGCAUGGACGCGAACGUGCAGGAGGACGGGCAGCAUGUUUGGCGUCUGAAGCACUUCAACAAACCAGCCUUCUGUAACUACUGCCACGCCAUGCUGCUGGGCGUCCGCAAGCAGGGCCUCUGCUGCUCCACAUGCAAGUACACCGUACACGAACGCUGCGUGUCCAAAAACAUCGCCGCCUGCAUCAGCACCUACGCCAAGUCCCGCAAGCACACCAGUGUCAUGCAGCAUGUCUGGAUAGAGGGGAACUCUCCGUCGAAGUGCGAGCGCUGUUUCAGGAACAUCAAGGGCUACCAGACCCUGACGGGCCUGCACUGUGUCUGGUGUCAGGCCACGUACCAUAACAAGUGUGCGUCUUCUAUGAAGGCUGAGUGUGACGGAGGGACCCUGAAGGACCACAUCCUGCUGCCAUCAUACAUCUGUCCGGCGGUGCUGGAUCGUCAUUCCACGGCGAAGCGCGGGGAGGGUGAGUCCACUCCCAACACCAGCCCUGACGACGCCAGCAAGACAUUUAAGUUCCCUCCUGUAGACAGACAGACACUGCAGAUCACCCCUCUCCCAGGAACACACCCCCUCCUGGUCCUGGUCAACCCUAAGAGUGGAGGGAGGCAGGGGGAGCGUGUCUUCAGAAAGUUCAGGUACCUGCUGAACCCCCGACAGGUGUACACACUGGAGCACGGAGGCCCCAUGAACGGGCUCAACUUUUUCCACGAUGUCCCAGAUUUCCGGGUGCUGGCCUGCGGAGGUGACGGUACAGUGGGCUGGAUCCUCGACUGCAUCGAUAAGGCUAAUUUUACCAGAUACCCUCCAGUGGCCAUCCUCCCUCUGGGCACAGGAAAUGACCUGGCACGAUGUUUACACUGGGGAGGAGGCUAUGAAGGCGGCAACCUGAUGACAAUCUUGAAGAACAUUGAACACAGCACCAAGGUGGUACUGGACCGCUGGAACAUCAACAUCGUUCCUGAUGACAAGGAGGAGAAGGGCGACCCCGUCCCUUACAGCAUCAUCAACAACUACUUCUCUGUGGGAGUGGAUGCCUCCAUCGCCCACCGCUUUCAUAUGAUGAGAGAAAAACACCCUGAGAAGUUCAACAGCAGAAUGAAGAACAAGCUGUGGUACUUUGAGUUUGGCACCACUGAGACCAUAUCCGCCACCUGCAAGAAGCUCAACGAAUGCAUAGAGUUGGAGUGUGACGGGAUCAUCCUGGACCUCAGCAAUAUAUCCUUAGAGGGCAUCGCUAUUCUGAACAUUCCCAGCAUGCACGGCGGCUCCAACCUGUGGGGCGAGUCGAAGAAGAGGAGGACCUACAACCGAAUGAGCAAGAAGGUUGCGGACAAGACGCCUGGCAGCACCGUCACAGACCCUAAAGAGCUCAAGUUCUGCGUGCAGGACUUCAGCGAUCAGCUCUUGGAGGUGGUGGGCCUGGAGGGGGCAAUAGAAAUGGGGCAGAUCUACACUGGGCUGAAGAGCGCGGGACACAGACUGGCUCAGUGCACCAACGUCACCAUCAGGACUUCUCGGCGGCUGCCCAUGCAGAUCGAUGGUGAGCCCUGGAUGCAGCCUCCCUGCACGGUCAUCAUCACGCACAAAAACCAGGUCCCCAUGUUGAUGGGCCCUCCCCAGAAGACCUCCUUCUUUACCUUCAAGAAACGCAAUUUCAGCCGCGAGUAGGACUCGAACAGCCCGACUCAGAAACACACACACACUUAAACGUUACAACUUCCUGCUGCCAAAACAACAGCCGUGUUGCUGCCAGGUUGAAAUUCAUUUUUGUUCCUGAAGUUGCGCGGCCUAUAAAUAUUUUAUUAUCGGAAUGUACAGAGGUGACAACGGACAGAACAGACAGAACUCCGUCACCCUGGAGUCCAAAAACACCCUCUCCCUCAGCCACUUGAAAACCCGAGUCUCACAUCAGUACGACCCGGCCAGCUGAGUUCUGCUGCUCGGUCCAGACGGUCACGCGACCAUCCGAAACACUACGACUGGGAGAGAGGAAGGGGGAGCAUCCAGGUGAACAAAGUGAGAUCCUAGUCCUGGUUGAAGAACCCGUAUGAAUAAUGAAACAACGGCUGCUUGUAAGAGCGCUCGUCUCCGGAUCUCCCCACAGACUCUCAUCACGCCACAGCAAAGGAAAGGCCUCAUUCAUUAUUCACCGAUUGCGCUUGCAGAUUGAUGGCGUCGUGGUGUAACAGUGGCCUGAAAACGACGGAAGCAUGCAGGGAUUUAGUAUGUGUAAGUAUCACUGUCCUACAAAAAGAAAAACCCCUUAGAGCACUUUCCCUGGCUGUGUGGACAACCUGGCGGAGGCUCCCGGCACGGAAAACUUCCACUAUUGCUGCGAUAUCAGUCUGGACUGAAAGUAGAUCAUAGAGACAAUGUGGUUCAGUUUUGCUUUCUGUUAGAAAAGUGAUGCAUGUGCUGUAACACAAAAUUCCUGAUUGCAGUAGAAUCGGCUCCUGUGACGUCACUUCCAGUGACGUCAAAAGCCCCGAGGGCUGCUGAAGCGCGGGCCACUUCUGACUUUUAUUGAUGUAGUUCAACAUCGACAGGUCAAACAAACUUGUGUGUCUAUUGCAUGGAGGGUCUCUGUCACUAGCUGCGUUUCCAUUGCAAAUGUGAGAAAAACUUUUGUCACUAUUAGGCUAAUGAUG